GCCGCCCUGAUCACGUGUGUGCGGCGGGGUGACGUCGCUCGGUGGAGCCGGCCGGCGAUGCGGGAGAAUUCUGUUUAACAGUGAUCAUCAGCUAAAAUUAUGGCCACUGGCAGUGGUGAGGUGCACCAUCCUGUAGAUCCUGGAAUCUCAAAGCUGCAGUUUGCUCCCUUCAGUAGUGCCUUGGAUGCAGGAUUCUGGCACGAACUAACCCAGAAGAAACUCAAUGAAUACCGACUGGAUGAGACCCCCAAAGUUAUCAAGGGAUACUAUUACAAUGGUGAUCCUUUGGGUUUGCCAGCUCGCUUGACAUUGGAAUUUAGUGCCUUUGAUAUGAACGCUUCGAUACCAGCCCAUUGCUGUCCUGCUUUUGGAACGCUGUAUAAUACCAACACUUUUGAGACGUUCAAAUCCUGUGAUAAGAAAUCACUUCUGGAAAAAGAAGCCAAUGAGAUAUGGGAAUCCAUAAAAUCUGGAGCUGCUCUUGAAAACCCCAUGCUUUUGAACAGGUUUCUACUGCUGACAUUUGCAGAUUUAAAAAAGUAUCACUUCUAUUACUGGUUUUGUUACCCUGCUCUCUGCUUCCCCAAUGGAAUACAUAUAAUUCAGAAACCGGUGUGUCUUGGUGAGAGGUUCUCAUUAAAUCAGAUUCAAGCACUUCAGAAAGCAUAUGAUGACCUUUGCCAAAAAGAGGGGGUUACAGCCCUGCCUUAUUUUUUAAUCAAGUAUCACAACAAUUCUGUCAUGAUAUCUCUAUUGAAAAAGUGGGAUGGUUUCUUUCAAGACCAAGGGGGAAAGGUGACGGUUGGAGUUUAUGAUCCAUGUAAUUUAUCCCAAUAUCCAGGAUGGCCACUGAGAAAUUUCCUGAUCCUGGCAGCCCACAAUUGGAGCAACAUUCUCCAGACAGUUGAAGUGCUCUGCUUCAGAGACAGGACCAUGCAAGGGGUGAGGGACAUAACACACAGCAUUAUCUUUGAAAUAAAACUUCCAGAGAAACCCCUUGGCCCAGAUUGUCCAAAAGCUGUUGGAUGGGAGAAAAACCAAAAGGGAGGCAUGGGUCCGAGGAUGGUGAAUCUCAGUGAGUGCAUGGAUCCAAAAAGGUUAGCAGAAUCAUCUGUGGAUCUUAAUUUGAAAUUGAUGUGCUGGCGUUUGGUGCCUACUCUGGAUUUGGAAAAGAUUGUGUCUGCCAAGUGUCUGCUGCUAGGAGCUGGUACACUGGGUUGUAGUGUUGCAAGGACCUUGAUGGGCUGGGGAGUCAGGAAGAUCACAUUUGUGGACAAUGCAAAGAUCUCCUAUUCCAACCCCGUGCGGCAGCCGCUGUACGAGUUUGAGGAUUGUCUGAGUGGGGGGAAGCCCAAGGCACUUGCAGCAGCAGACAGGCUACUGAAAAUCUUCCCAGGAGUGAGCUCAGAAGGCUAUAACAUGAGCAUCCCUAUGCCAGGCCACCCAGUGAAUUUUUCUGAGGUAACAAUGGCACAGGCUCAGAAGGACGUGGCUAAACUUGAAGAGCUUAUUGAUACUCAUGAUGUUGUUUUCCUACUGAUGGACACUAGAGAGAGUCGAUGGCUUCCUGCUGUCAUUGCAGCCAGUAAGAGGAAGUUGGUCAUCAAUGCUGCCUUGGGAUUUGACACUUUUGUUGUUAUGAGACACGGCCUAAAGAAACCAAAACAGCAAGAGACUGGUGAUUCGUGUUUCAGCAAUGCUGCUGGUCCUUCUGAUCUUUUGGGAUCAUCACUCUUUUCAAAUAUCCCUGGCUAUAAACUGGGCUGCUACUUCUGCAAUGAUGUUGUGGCACCAGGGGAUUCCACCAGGGAUCGGACACUGGACCAGCAGUGCACAGUCAGUCGCCCUGGAUUAGCCAUGGUAGCUGGAGCCCUUGCAGUGGAAUUAAUGGUUUCUGUUUUACAGCAUCCAGAAGGCGGUUAUGCUGUGGCCAGCAGUAGUGAUGAUAGAAUGAAUGAGCCCCCUACUUCUCUUGGACUUGUUCCUCAUCAGAUCCGAGGAUUUUUAUCAAGAUUUGAUAAUGUUCUUCCAGUCAGCCUGGCAUUUGAUAAGUGCACAGCCUGCUCAGCCAAGGUCCUUGAACAGUAUGAGCAAGAAGGGUUUAAUUUCCUAGCUAAAGUUUUUAAUUCUUCACAUUCCUUCUUGGAAGAUUUGACAGGUCUAACUUUAUUACACCAGGAGACACAAGCUGCAGAGAUCUGGGACAUGAGUGAUGAUGAAACAAUCUGAAAUCAGCUGGAUAAGGAGGAGGAUGACCUGGACUGCAGCCCUGCCUUUAUCUGUUACCUGACAAGUUAAUGAUUGCUUACCCAUUCUGACUGCUGCAAAUACAAAUAUAAUCCACAUUUUGACAUUAAUAACUUCACCUUAAAAGCAGUCUGUUAUGGACAGAACUCUCCAUGUUUUCAUUUUUAUUUCGUAAAUAACUAAAGCAGUGUGGUUAUGUUUAAACUCGGUCUUCUUUUUUUUUUUUUUGUUAGUUUCUAAAUAUGGCUUACAUAUAAAAUACACUGCUUAAAUAAGCUUUGGAGGUUUAUUUGUCCCAGGUUUUAUUUUGCUUGUCAGUGGACACGUGAAAGCAGCAUGUCUUUUUUCAUCUUUCCCAGAUUUGUGCCCCUUUAGUUGGAAUCUGUUGUUAAGACUGAGCAUGUUCUGCUACUGGGAAUUAAAGUUCAUCUUUAAAGGAGGGUGGGAGUGGGGAAGAACCCACACCUCCUGCUUCCACCACAUUGCUUUUGUCUCCAAGCACAUAUUUAGAGUACAGCUGUUCUUGAUGUGUCAGUGCAGGUGUUAUUCUCUGUAAAGAUCUCAUCAUUUCGUGCUAUGGCAACAAUGUAGUUUGACUUACUUUGCACAGAAAAGAUCAGAAUGCAAUUUUUAUGAUGAUGAAGCUUUCCUGAAGUUCAGAGAAGGCUCUGUUAAUGUAGUUAAAAAAAAAAAAAGUGUUUUAGGGGGUGGAUCACUGAUUCAGUCAAAACUUCUAGAAAAAUACUUAAAUGAAAUAAGAAAUUGGUUCUCUGACUUUGCUGUUCUUGGAUGUGGACCUCCAGUACUUUAUAGGUGUUAAAAAGGAGCAAUUGUGAGAUUUUUUUUUUAUUCAUUUAAGUCUUUCCAUUUUUACAGCAUCAAGAAUGGUUCCAGAGAUUAUGGCUGAGCACAAACAGUAGUUUGAGAAUCCUCAAGUUUAACAGAUAACUCGAGGAAAAGGACUUUUAGAAUAUCAAAGUAAAUUACUACAAAAUUGAAUCUAUUGCUUUAAACAUGGAAUAGGUUUUAGAAGGAUAUUUGAAAUCUCUUUUAUAGCUUUAUAUUGUGGGGUUUAUGGGCUAACACUAAGAAAAAGUGCAAAUUGCCUUAUCUACCAAGCAGUCGCUCUUUCCCAUAUGUUAUGAAAAGUAGUUGCUCAGUCCAAUUAUUUAGGUCCUUAAAAUAAGCUCUGAAUAUUUUUUGUAGAGAAUUUCACAGCUUCUCUCUGUGCCACAUCAGAAGUUCAUUCAGGUCAAGGAUAUCUGCAACUCCCAUAUUCUGACCAUAAAAGAAGAUUUAUUGAAACGUGCUGGGGUUUGCACCAAGUGUCUAAAUUAGCAAUUAUUUGUACUUAUUUUAACUAUUAUAUUCAUAUAUUUACAUGAUUUUUCAUGUAGUGUAGUGUCUAGUUUAAUUAACUUCAUUGUAAUAUAAAAAUGUAUAUUAAUGCAAUAUAUUUUUGAAAGGCUAGUAAUGAUAGCAAUCUGAUCUUUAGGAGGUCAGGCACUGAACACUGAGAUUGAUAACAUGCCAUGUAAAUUUUUAAAGCAGUUUGUUAAAUUGUAUAAUUAGUUUGGAGCUCAAAUGACUCCCAUGUUGUUAUCCAUGCCAUUGUCCAACUGGAGCCAUGGAUUGGUAGCAGGGUAGUUUAAAGCGAAUAAUCUGCUUUUUUAUCUUUUGGAGUUGCUGACCCUUGGAGCGUGAAUGCCUUUGCAGAAUCUGGUUAUCUAAAACCUGAAAACUGAAUCUGAUAAACAUCAAUAAUUAUUUUAAAUGUCUGAAACUCUGCUUAUCCUGUUAAAGUUACCUUGUAGCUUUGCAUUGGAAGUAUCUGUUUAAGUGCAAAAGAGCACAAGGCAGGAAGGUUCAAAACUCAGGGUUAAUGUAAUGUUUCCUUACCUCUGUAUUUUCAGUAACAUACAGCUCUCUGAGACUGAGCUGUUUCCUGCACAUAUGCUCCCCAGCUGUCUCUGAUGUUCAAAAACACUUCAGUUGGACUUGGAAUAACUUCCGUUUUCUAACUAUAAUGUUGUUUUCUUUCUCCUUGUGGACCGCAAUUCCUCUUAUUUUGCUUUUACUCAGUUUCUGGGCAUUUACUGAGUGAGAAAUUGUGAGAAUCCAUUCAAAUGAAUGAAUGCACAUUCACAUACUGUUAGCAGAUAAACACAUUUACUUAC